AUGGAAUUUCACGCAGUGUCUAUAUUUUUCCCGAAGGUUUUCCUCAGAUGGCUCAAGUGGUUAGAGCGCGAAUUUACUGACCGGAAGGUCCGUGGUUCGAACCCGACCUCUGCCUCUGGACUUCCCCUCUCUAGGCUUGGGCAACCUGACACUAUCCCAACCCUCGUGGUUCCUUCGGGUGGCAUGGCAGCUAGGCACCGAAAGAGCGCUACAGCUGAACGAUUUUUUUCCUCAGAAAGUGGUACGACAAUUGAAGACGGGCAUUGUGCUCAUUUUGCUAGGCAGACUGUCGGACGAAACGAAAACAAUUUCGAGGGCAGACGUAGUAUUGUCGCGACAAGACUCGCAGAUCAGGUACAAAGUGUCCAUCAUACUGGGUAUGGUGUGGGAUUCAAUGGCAAGAAUGUAUACCCUACGCCAUGCACCAAGCAUGAAAGUACCGCAAGUACGCAGAGAACCCACAAUGACAGCAAACACAAGUCACCGACUGUGACAUUCGGAAGUCCCAGUCCAACAACAGCCUUGGCGGAUUGA